GGGAAAUCGCGCAUGCGCUCAAUGGACUAAAACCUCGGCAGAACCGGCAGCAGGUUAAAAUGGCAAAGAAUUUGUGUGUGGGGAUCUCAAACACAACAACAUGUCAGAUUUGCUCUCUCAGUCCAGAUAUUUAAGGAGUGUCCAGAUAUAUCCUUUGUAAUGCCAAUAUAUCUGUUGUUGGUCCUUGAAGAUGAAGGAGUGUCUCAUUGCAACUGAAAAUGAGCUUUGUGUCUGAACUGAAGUUUUCUGUUCUAACUCAGUGAAAUCCAAUGGAAACAGGCUGCUAACAACACACUAGCAUUUGUUCACUGGAAAUCAGUUUUUAAACUACACUGGGAUUCACUAUGUCUGACUUCUGAAUUGCCAGAGAACUGACCACAGGGAGAUAUCAUUCUCCUUUUCUCAGUGUGGGAAGGGAUUCACUCACUCAGCCGACCUGCAGACACACCAGUGAGUUCACAGUGGGAAGAGGCUGUUUACCUGUCCUGUGUGUGGGAGGGGAUCUACUGAGUGAUCCAGCUUGAAGAUACAUCAGCAAGUUCACACCACAGUGAGACAGUUCACCUGCUCUGACGACGGGAAGCAAUUCUUUGUCAUCCAAGCUGAAGAUAUCUCAGAAAAUUCAAGCAGGGAGAGACUGUUCACUUGCUCCAUGUGUGGGAAGAGAUUCACUCAGAGAGAUUCUCCUCCACAGAUGGGAAGAGAUUUAUUCUUUCAGCUGAUCUGCUGACACACAAGUCAGUUCACACUCAGGAGAUGUUGUUCACCUGCUCAGACUGUGGGAAGGGAUUCACUCGGUCAUCUGAACUGAAGGUACACCAGCAAGUUCACUCUGGGGAGAGUAUUUUCGCCUGCUCAGACUGUGAGAAGGGAUUCACUCAGUCAUCUCACCUGCAAAUACAUCAGCGAGUUCACACAGGAACGAGGCCGUUCACCUGUUCCGUGUGUGGGAAGGGAUUCACUCAGUUAUGCCACCUACAGACACACCAGUUAAUUCACACUGGGGAGAGGCCAUUCACCUGCUCAGACUGUGGGAAGGGAUUCAUUCAGUCAUCUGAACUGAAGCUACAUCAGCGAGUUCACACUGGGGAGAGGCCGUUCACCUGCUCAGACUGUGGGAAGGGAUUCACUCAGUCAUCCCACCUACAGAAACACAGGCGAGUUCACACAGGAGAGAGGCCGUUCACGUGUACUGUGUGUGGGAAGGGAUUCACUCAGUUAUGCCACCUACAGACGCACCAGUUAAUUCACACUGGGGAGAAACCAUUCACCUGCUCAGACUGUGGGAAGGGUUUCACUCAGUCAUCUGAACUGAAGCUACAUCAGCGAGUUCACACUGGAGAGAGGCCAUUCACCUGCUCAGACUGUGGGAAGGGAUUCACUCGGUCAUCCCACCUACUAGCACACCAGUCAGUUCACACUGGGGAAAGCCCAUUCACCUGCUCUGAAUGUGGGAAGGGGUUUCCUCAAUUAUCUCACCUACUGGCACACCAACGAGUUCACACUGGGGAGAAACCAUUCAUCUGCUCAGACUGUGGGAAGGGAUUCACUCUGUCAGCUCAGCUGAAGGAACAUCAGCGAGUUCACACUGGAGAGAGGCCGUUCACCUGCUCUGAAUGUGGGAAGGGAUUCAUUCGGUCAUCUCACCUUCUGACACACCAGCGAGUUCACACUGGAGAGAAACCAUUCACCUGCUCAGACUGUGGGAAGAGAUUCACUCAGUUAUCUCAACUGAGGGAACAUCAGCGAGUUCACACUGGAGAAAGGCCAUUCACCUGCUCUGAAUGUGGGAAGGGAUUCAUCCGGUCAUCUCACCUACUGGCACACCAAGCACUUCACACUGGGGAGAAACCAUUCACCUGCUCAGACUGUGGGAAGGGAUUCAUUCAGUCAUCUCAGCUGAAGAUACACCAGCGAGUUCACACUGGUGAGAGACCGUUCACCUGCUCAGACUGUGGUAAGGGAUUCAUUCUUUCAUCUCAGCUGAAGAUACAUCAGCGAGUUCACACUGGGGAGAGACCAUUCACCUGCUCUGAAUGUGGGAAGGGAUUCACUCAGUCAUCGCAACUGAAGGUACAUCAGCGAGUUCAUACUGGAGAGAGGCCAUUUAUCUGUUCCGAAUGUGGGAAAGGAUUCACUCGGUCAUCCCACCUUGUGGCGCACUAUCGAGUUCACACUAGGGAAAAAGUUUAAGUAUCCUGCCUGCUGAAUAUUUAACCAUCACAGUUGCUGAAUUCAGAAACAAUUUCAAAAGUGACUGCUAUUUUGAACUCUGCAAUUAUUGCUGCUGCUCAUCACACCCAGUUCUGCACCCUGGACACUGGGCAUGGGAGGAGUCUCUUCUGCUGGUGUUCACCUUUACUGGGACUGGAGUUUAAGGUUUGGGAUCUGUGACAAAUAAAUUAGUUAUAUUUUAAUCUCUGUCUCUACUUAGUGAAUCUACAACACACCCAGUGUACAUUUAGGGAGUUAACUCAGUCCUGUUGCUUCCUGUCUGUCUGUUUGUUCAACGACAGUUCUUUUCAACAUCCCUGCUGUUCACCUCUUGUUCUCCCUAUGGUGUUGGGUGCCAGUCACCCCUCUGUGGGUGAAGAGGUUUCCCAUGAACUUCCUGCAUGACUUUCUACAGACUGAAGAAAAUGAGCUGACUGCAGUUAUGUCUGACAUGUUCUUCAUCUCUCAAAUCUCUGGCCAAGGAAGAAUGACAUUGGUAGUUAACCUCCUUAUCCCCUGCUCAUUUCAAUAUUCCAACCUUUAGUUGGAUGUUCAAUGGAGGAAGGUCAGAAACUAGAGAUAGGACAACAUAGGGCAGAGUUAGGGGCUCUGGACAGUGGUAGGGGUAAGAACGUAUAAUGAGGAACGGCGUAUAGCAACAAAUGAUGGAGUAGCAAAAUUUGGAAGCUGAUUUUGAUAGAAAAUAAUUAGGUUGACAAUAUUCUUGUGGACCAGCCGACUGGGUGGGUGUUCAAGUAGGGUUAAACUCACCUCAACAUGUCUUUUACAGUUAAGGUUGCCAACUUUCUCACUCACAAAUAAGGGACAAAAGUAGCAGUCAAAUUCCGGGACACUUUACCCCAGGAAAGACUACCAUGACCAUGAAGCCUUGCGUGGGCACCUGUGUGUGCAUGUGUGUAUGUACUGAUUUUUGUCCCCACAAAUCGGUUUUGCCGUCAUCUUCCUGACUACACUGUACAUACUUAAUUUCUACUUUAUAUAGGCUGUGUUUUUAUCAUAUAAUUCCUGCUUUUACUAUAUGUUAGUGUUACUUAUUUUCGGUUUUAUGUGUUAUUUGGUAUGAUUUGUUAGGUAUUUUUUGGGUCUGGGAACACUCAAAAUUUUUUUCCAUAUAAAUUAAUGGUAAUUGCUUCUUCACUUCACGCCAUUUCGGCAUGAAAGGCUUCAUAGGAACGCUCUACCUUAGUGGGGGAAAUACGGGACAAGGGCGGUCCCGUAUGGGACAAACAAAUUUAGCCCAAUAUACGGGAUGUCCUGGCAAAUACGGGACAGUUGGCAACCCUAUGUUCAAGUUCAACAGUGCGUGACAGGGAAUGAGGAAAGGUGCAGCUGGCUCGUAUCGUUUCCUCACGGCGCGGUAGCACAUGCUUUGCGGCCCGGUACCGGUCCUCGGCCCGGUGGUUGGGGACCGCUGCCUUAGGAGGAUAAGUUGACCGAGCUAGGACUUUUCUCUUUGGAGCAAAGGAGAAUGGGAGGUGACUUGAUGGAGGUGUACUAGAUAAUAAGAGGCAUGAAUCGAGUGGACAGCCAGAGAUAUUUUCCUAGGGCAGAAUUAGCUAAUGCCAGGGGACCUAAUUUUAAGCUAUUAGUAGGAAAAUAUAGGGCGGGGGGGAUGUCAGAGAUAAUCUUUUACACAGAGUGCUGGGUGCAUGUAGUGGUUGUAGAACCAGAUGCAUUAGGGACAUAUAAGAAACUCUUAGGCACAACAAUCAUUGAAAAAUGGAGAGCUAUGUUGUAGGAGAAGGUUAGAUUGAUCUUAUAGUAGGUUAAAAAGUCGGCACAAUGCUGUGUGCUGAAGGGACUGUACUGUGUAGCGUUUUAUGUGAACACAGCAAAAUGGCACUAUUUUGGGAAGACACCAUUGUCAUUUGGACCGGUUGAGCCAAGAUCAGCGAUACACUGGCCAGAGGUCACACAGCAGCAGGGACUAUGAUACCAUCAAUUAAGUGACAAUGAAUGCAGGAUCGCAAAGCAGCAGGUUGAAGAGAUCCCUUGGGAAAGAGCCUGUUCCACAGUGGUACGGGGGUGGUAAUGUCUCACCAACCCUGUUGUGGAAUGGGGAGUCCUGAGGAAAGUGGGAAAUGUGAGUCAGAGACCGUGUAACCAAAUGGGAUCAAUACACGUCCCAUUGAGGAAGGGUAUGUUAGCGUGAGGAAGGAGCAGAUGCUGGGUGUCCUGGGAUGAAUAACAGUGGAUAAAUGCCCAGACCAGAUAAGAUAUAUCCCAUGCUGCUGUGAAUUAGGGACCAAUAACUAGAGGACAGUGAACAUCAUCCCUUUACUCAAGAAGAUAAGCCCAGUAACCACAGGCCAGUGAGUCUCACAUCAGUGGAAGGGAAACUAUUGGAUAAACUAAAUGACAGGAUUUACCUUCAUUUGGAAAGGCAAAGGUUGAUUAGGGAUCUUCGGCAUGAUUUUGUUUGUUGGAAAUCCUGCCUCAAAAAUGUAAUUCAAUAUUUUAAACAGGUAACUAAACAUAUUGAUGAGAAAACGUGCAAUAAAUUGGAAACACAAGAGACUGAAGAUGCUGGUAUCUCAAGCAAAAUAUGAGCUGCAGGAGGAACUGCAGGCAUCAUCUAGAGGGAAAUGGGGAGACAACUUUUCAGACUGUGACCCUGUUUCAGGGAUGACAAUAGAGAAGGAAGCUUGCCAGAAUUAAAGAGGAACAUGGAGGGAUAGAAAUAGUCCAGCAGGUUUUAUGUAGACUCAAGGAGGGGUAAAGAUUGAUAGGCAGAUGGUGUCAGGAGAGGCAGUAGGAGGGGUGGAUUUGGGGGAACAGGGACAGGAGAGUGACAUGGAAACAGAAGAAAAAUAAGAGCAGAUGGAGCCAGCUGGGGUAACGGGAGUGUGAAGGUGGAGACUGAUGUGGAAGGUGAUUGUAGAACAGCAUAAGGAAGGGAUGAUUGCUGAAUGGGAACAGUAUGGGGAUGGGAUACAGUGUGAGGGGUGUG